CGUCGCACGCUUCUCGUUCUCCUCCUGGUCCUCCAAACGAUCUUUCGCCGCCGAGCUCUUCCCUCUCCGGCGGCGAAGAUCACAUCACCAAUCUCCAGGUCUUUCAAAACCGUCUCUUUCUCCAAAAGGAUGACUUCGACCAAAAACCCCGAGAAAUUCUCAACGGACUUCGCCAUGGGAGGCGCAGCAGCCAUCGUCGCCAAAUCCGCAGCCGCCCCCAUCGAAAGAGUAAAGCUUCUACUCCAAAACCAAGGAGAAAUGAUCAAAACACGACACCUCACCACCCCUUACUCAAGCCUCUCCAACUGCUUCCUCAGAAUCUUCAAAGAAGAAGGCGUCCUCUCCUUCUGGAGAGGGAACCAAGCCAACGUCAUCCGCUACUUCCCUACACAGGCUUCCAACUUUGCGUUUAAAGGUUACUUCAAGACCCUCCUCGGAUACUCCAAGGAGAGAGACGGUUACUUCAAGUGGUUCGCUGGGAAUGUAGCUUCUGGAAGCGCUGCUGGUGCCACGACUUCGUUGUUUUUAUACCAUUUGGAUUACGCGAGGACACGUUUGGGCACUGAUGCGAAGGAGAGCUCGGUGAAUGGGAAGAGACAGUUUAGAGGGAUGGUUGAUGUGUACCGUAGGACUUUGUCUAGCGACGGUGUUAAAGGGCUUUACCGUGGCUUUGGGGUUUCGAUAGUGGGGAUCACUCUUUACCGGGGGAUGUAUUUUGGGAUGUAUGAUACCAUCAAACCCAUUGUGCUUGUUGGUUCCUUGGAGGUAAUGGAGACAGAGCCGGUCCUGAGAUUUUGUGGGCUAUAGACGAUUUAAUAAAGAUUUCAAUAGUUUAGAGACCUAAAAAUUAAUAAUUUUGGAGUUCUGAGGCGAAUGUUUUAUCCGGUUUUGUUCAGGACCGGUCCUGAGAUUUUUGGAUCUUUAGACCAUUUAGUAAAGAUUUGAGUAGUUCGGGAGUCUAGAAAUUUCUUUUUUACAAAUUCGGAAGCCUAUUUGCGUAUAAAGUUUUUCAAAAAAUUUGGGGGUAUGAAGUCGAAUGUUUCGUCAGGCUUUGGCCCAGGACCGGUCUAGUAUCAUGUUUCUGUGCCUUUGUAGUUUUGCUUAAUCUAAGAGGGGGGAAUGGUGAUUUUGACUUUUUGGCUAGCUUUUUUUUGGUUGGAGCAUUACUACCUCUGGGGGUCAUUGCUUACCCUUUUGAUACGCUAAGGAGGAGGAUGAUGCUUACGUCAGGGCAACUGUGAAGUACAGGAACGCUGUUCAUGCGUUGAGGGAGAUAGUGAAAAGGAAGGGUUCUAUGCGCUGUAUAGAGGAGUUACUGCGAGCUUGGAUGUAGCGGGAGCUGGAGUGCUUGGGGGGUGUUUGGGUUUACUU